AUGGGCUUCGUGAUUCUCUUCGCCGUCCUGGCGGUCGGCGGCCUCUUCGCGAGGGAGUUCUGGCUUUGGUACCGCUUAUCACAUGUCCCAGGCCCGUUCUGGCACGCCAUCACCGGCUUUUCCAUGGCGCGCGCGGCGCUCAACGGAUCCGUUCACGAGUACUACAUGGAACUUCACGAGAAAUACGGCCCCCUUGUCCGAAUCGGACCAAACACAGUCAUGUUCAGCGAUCCCGAUACCUUGAAAAGAAUCGCGGCUGCGCGGAGCAAAUACACGAAAGGCGAGUGGUACGCAGUUGGAAGAACGACGCCAGGCGAGGAUCACCUUUUUUCGAUGCGCGAUGAGGAGAAGCGGAUGCAUUUGAAGAGCAAAAUGGGCCCGGGUUAUUCCGGCCUUGAAAAUGGUGGUUUCGAAGCUGGUAUUGACAGGCAAAUUGCCGCAUUUAUUGACCUCAUCGACACUAAGUACAUUUCCACACCAAACGUGUUCAGACCCAUGGACAUGGCCAGCAAGUCGACGUACUUGGCCCUGGAUGUAAUCAGUGAGCUUGGUUUCGGCCACACAUACGGCUUCUUGAAGGAAGAUCGUGACCUGUAUCAAUAUGUUGCUACAAAGGACGCGUUUUUCCCAGUGAUGAUCACGAUGGGAAACGUACCCUGGCUGGCCAAGCUCAUGCACAGCUGGCCUCUUAACCUGGGGCUGCCGAAGUCAGCAGAUUCGGCCGGCUUCGGGGCACUUAUGGGGUGA